AUGGCGAGAGCGAGGGCUGUGUCGAGGACGCCUCGCGGACGAGCGCGCGCCGCCGCCUUCCUCACCAGGAGUUGCCACCGCCUCCUCCGGUUCCUCGCCACCCGAUGCCUCCGCCGCCGCCGGGCCAGCACCGGCGGCUCCUCCCCGUCCGUCCAGCCGCCUCUCGCACGGGCCUAUUCCAUUUCCACCCCGCGUGGCCGCGGCGCCGAGGUAGCCCGAGCGCUCCGCCGUGCCAGCACCGGUGAUGGUGAUGACCCCUCUCCGUCCGCGUCCGGUCAGCAGCCACCCCUCACGCGGCGAGUCCCAGGCGCCGAGGAAGCCGGAGGGUCCCGGGCUGCGGUGGCGGCGCAACCGCGGCACGAGGAGCAACAGGGCGGCGAGGAUGCCGCCGUGGCGGGGAAGUACUGGGCGCAGCGGCGCAGCCUCUUCUCCCUCUACGACCGCGGCGUGCGGAUGGACGCGGAGGGCUGGUACUCCGCGACGCCGGAGGCCAUCGCCGCCACGCAGGCCGCCCGCGCCCCUCCGGGUUCCCUCGUCCUCGACGCCUUCGCCGGCGUCGGCGGAAACUCCAUCCAGUUCGCCGCCAGGGGUUGCUACGUGGUCGCCGUGGAGAUCGACCCCCGGAAGGUGGAGCUCGCGGCGCACAACGCGAGGAUCUACGGCGUGGAGGACAUGAUCGAGUUCGUCGUCGGCGAUUUCUUCCACCUCGCGCCAUUCUUGAAGGCAGAUUUGGUGUUCCUUUCACCACCAUGGGGAGGGCCAUCAUACAGCCAAGCUCAAGUUUACACCCUUGAUAUGCUGAAGCCAAAAGAUGGAUAUGCAACAUUCCAAGCUGCUCAGGAAAUAUCUCCAAACAUCAUAAUGUUCCUGCCACGGAAUGUGGACAUAAGCCAAGUAGAGCAGCUCUCUUGGUUGUCUUCCCCACUCUUAGAUUUUGUGAGCGAAGAGAGUUACGUAGGGCACAAAUAUUUCAAAGGGAUAACUGCCUACUUUGGAGGUGUAGCACAAGAAGUUCAUAAACAACAACAGAUUUCUUCCCAAGAUUUAGAUACCUAUCUUCCCCUAAAUCCUUGUCUGUAAGUGCUUGCAAAUGCUCUGAGUUGGUGACUCGGAUGGGACGAAAGAGAAGCUAAGGUGUUCUGCCGCUCCACAAACUUGGCUUCAGUAUUUACCAUUCUGGACUACAUGUUUGGUUCUUCGCUAUUUGCGUCCAUCACUGUCAAGAUUGCUCCUCUCUUCACCAACAAAAGAAGUGGAGUAAUUUUUUUGUCAAUGUGAAAUUUAGAAAAUCUACAAACAGCCCAAAUUUACAUGAGAAA